AUGUCUCGACAGGAGGAGAACGGCAGCAACAACAUCCACUGGAGCAACAUUAUAAAAAUCCUCUUAAAAGGCAGCAACUACAAGAAAAUGAAAGGUGUGAAACACUUGCCCGAAGGUAGCGGCUCUUACCUCGUUGGCUGUUUGGACAUCAUGACAGAAAGAAAUGGCCAAGAUAAGAAUGGUUCAUUCUUCCGCCUCUAUUAUCCGACUGGUUUGGCAACAAAUAAUUCUACAAACAAUAAGGAUAUUGAAUUGCCAUCAACCCCAUCUUCUGGUGCUUCCUCACCUAGCUCUGAACCCGAUGACCCACAGGAGCAACUCUACAAAAUGAACAGCAAAAACAAUGAGGAAACCAGUUGUCCAAGAUGGCCAAAAUGGCUACCCAAACCACGGUACCGAGAUGGUUACAUGCACUUUCUUGGAAAAGAGAAUUCUACCUUUUACAAUUGUCUUUUUGACUGGUUUGGAGGUGAGGUGUAUGUUCCUGCUCUUUGGGAUGCUCCACUGCUGCCUCAAGAAAUUUGUAACCAAUUCCCUGUCAUUGUGUUUUCCCAUGGCCUUGGGGGUAUCCGUACCACAUACUCUACUGUGUGCUUGGAUCUUUCCUCCCAAGGUUUCAUUGUUGCUGCCUUAGAACACAGGGAUGGUUCAGCAUCCGCCACUUAUUACCUUAACAGAUAUAGCUCUGUUGACCCAUUGAAGUCUUCCAGCAGAAGCAGUACUGAAGAUUCCAGCCCUGAUGAUAAUCAACCAUCCUCACCAACUUCCCAGGUAUAUGAAGAAGAAUGGAAGAUUUUUGAAAGAUAUGACACGUGGGAUGACUUUAUGGUUAGAAAUGCUCAGCUCCAACAGCGAACAGAAGAAUGUAUAAAAGUGCUGGACAUUCUCUGCAAAAUUAAUGAUGGCCUAGAAUUGGACAAUUUAGAACCAUCACAAGUGGAUCUGAAUGACUUUAAGAACCGGAUGAAUAUGUUGUGGGUCUGUGUUGCUGGGCAUUCUUUUGGAGGUGCUACAGCUGUAGCUACAUUGGCCAAAGAUAAAAGAUUUAAGGUUGGUGUCGUGCUGGAUGGCUGGAUGCUACCUCUUGAUGACAAUGUCUACCCCUGUGUCACCCAGCCAGUCCUCAUGGUGAACACAGAGACAUUCCAGUGGAAGAAAAACAUUUUAAGUAUGAAGAAGUUGGAGUCGAAAGAUGUUGAAAGAGUGAUCAUCACCAUUCGAGGAACCUGCCACCAGAGUUCUACAGACUUCCAGUUUCUUUUUAAUAAGUUUGUUGGACGAAUCAUGAAAGCUCGUUACACAUUGUCACCAAAACUUGCAGUUGAACUCACUGGGAAAGCUAUGCAAGGUUUCAUCUGGAAGCAUCUGGGGUUCACUGAUAAAGACUAUCAGAAGUUUAUAAUUUCUGGAAAUAUUUUUUCUUUUUUGUUUUGUUUUUUCUUUCUAUUUCCUUUCUUUUUUUUUCUCUAUUUUUUAAAUUUUUUUUCCUUUGUUUCUUCUUUUUUGUAUUUUUCGUUUUUUUCUUUUUUCCUUUUUCUUCAUUUUUUCAUUUUUCCUCCUUUUUUUCUAUUUUUUCCUUUUUUUCUUUAUUUCUUCUAUUUUUCCCUUUUUGUUUCUUUUCUGUUUUUCCUGUUUUGUUUCUUUUUUUCCCUUUUUUUCUUAAGAAAAUGCUAA